CGGAGGAGCCCGCUCAGAAGGCCACUUCCUCGGCUUGGCGCGGAGUCCUCCGGGUCUGGGGAGGCGUACUGCAGCAGCCCGGAGAGCAUGCCCGGCCCCCGAGGGGCGGAAUUGGCGGAACGAUCGAAGAGACUGCCAAGGAGGCCACCGUCCCCACUGUCCCCAUCGUCUUUCGAACCACCAUCAUCGCUGUUCUUCUUGCUCGACCCGCCACCGCUCGUCGCAUGCGCCGCGCUGGCAGUCGCCGCCGGACUCGCAGAGCCAUCGUCUCCGCCGAAGAUCCCACCGACCGCACUCGUCGCCUCGCCCCAUGCCGACCCCGCCGCGCUCGUCGCCUCGUCGCCAAUGGAGCCAGCCGCGCUGGUUAUGUGCGACACCGCCGAGCCCGCGUCGCUCGUUAUGUGCGAGACGACUGAGCCCGCCCCCCUGGUGACCUCGCUGAUCACGGAGUCCGCGGCCGACGUCGCGCCGCUGA